AUGGACUCCAGUUCUCAGGAUCUGGCAAUGCGGCUUGGCUACAUCUUCCGUUCUUUCGAAGAUGCCCAGGAGUUACUGGCGACCAUGCCAACCCUUUACGAAGAGGCCCGGAGAUCAGGGAACGAGCAAGCGGCUCUCGAGGACUGCGUCAAUACGCAACGGGAGCAGAUCUUGGCCUUUGAAGCGAAUACUGCGGCUGCCAGCCAGAUCAUCGAGGAGUCUAAGUCAGAGACCGAGUCUCUGAAGAGCCUAUGCGCCACCUUACGAUCGAGAGAAAUUGCUUUGCAGCAGAAAUGCGAGCAGCUGGAGAAAGCCAAUUCCAACUUGCUCACACUAGCCAGUCAACGUCAGGAUGCGAUACAGAAAGCAACCAAGCAGAUCUCUGCAUUGACUGAAGAAAAUGAUCGUCUCCGAUCACAGUUUCCAAGUCCGGAUCGCAAGCAGCAACAUCAGCUAACGAAUAUCCUGCAAGCGAGCGUGGAGCACGCACAGGAGAAAGCCGCCUCCCUGGAGAAGGAGUUACGAAUCAUGCGAGAAGAAUGGAACGAGGCUACAGAGCAAUCGAAGGAUUCGUUGGCCCAGCUCUCGGCUUCCGAAAAACAGCGCGAAGUACUGACAGCAAAUCUCAAGAGUGUGGUAGCCAAGCAUGACGAAUUGAAAGCCGAAAGGACUGAGCUCAAGAGCUCCCUAAAUAAUUCGCAGCAAUUGCUCAACGAAGCGAAGGAGGAGAAUGCUAUUUUGCGUGACAGUGAGGCCGUUGCGCAGCAGAAAGCAGAUGCCCUCGAGAGUGGUUCUGAAGUCCUGCGCGACCUGCUAGCCUUGCGAUCACAGCAGCAAGAUCAGAGUACGGAUGAGUACAACGAAGAGCUCAAUAGGAUGGAAGCCGAGAGGGACGAUGCGAUCGACCGACAAACGGAGCUCGAGCAGGAACGAGAUCUGGAAAGACAGCUCACCAUUGCCCAACAGCGAGAAAUGGAAAUCGAGAACGCAUCCUUACAGGUGGCUGUAUACCAGUCAGCAUUGACCAUUGCAGCUCCACGCAAGGAGAUCAUACAACAGCAUAAUGACAUGUCCCGCAAUACUCGCAAACAGUAUUUCGAUACCCACGAGAUCAGCAAGCGCUUGUAUGGUCAUUUCGCAGACAGGGUUCAUGAUCUCUACGAUCGUAUUGACGGGCUUGUGGUGAGCUAUAACGGUUACGAAUUGCCACGUGGCUUCGGCAGACCUGAGUGUCAGACCCAGUCAUACGAGCUACGAGAUCUUGGUGGUGUCGAGGAGGGGGAUUUCGAUGUACAGUGUGCUCAUCUCGAUGAGAGACCUUGGUCUUUGAUAGAGCAUGGCGCACCCUACGACGGACCGUUAGUCGAUGGGUCAUUCACGCGGUAUACCGACACAGGUGCGGCAAGUUCUAAAAGCCACAAGCAUCUUCCAAGAACGGACACAGACUUCCGUGUCCCAACCGCACACAUGUUGAUCGACCGAUCAGAUACACCACAAAGCGAUACCACCGACCACGCCCGACUCGAGCGCCUCUUAUCUAGUAGCAGUGAGCAAGUCCAGACACCAUCGCCGACCAGGAGGGCCUCGCAAUCACCUCUGUUCGAGCGGGAGUGUGCAGCAGCAGCAGCAGCAGCAGCGGAAGAUGUUGUAAAGGAGGACGUAUCCAAACUGGCUAAACCGGAGCCCAUCAUGCCGUCGAAGAGGGGUAUUGAUUUCUACCCGCUACCACGACCGAAGCGGACGAGGAUUACCAGACCGGAUGAUCCGAGACUGAGGGCACCGAGGCAGCCUCGUGGCGAUUCUAUUGCUAUGAGAGCGCGGUGUCCGUCUGUUCGGGGCGAUAGCUACAGGCCGAGUUAUGCUUGA